AAAAAACACGGACCAAGUGUAAAUUCGCAACAGUUCCCGUAUUGGUGUGUUGCGCUGAUACUUGGCAAUGAAUUUCGGAAACCCCGGGAGAAACUGAAAUUGAAAGUAAACUUAAUGCAAUCAGCCAGCGUAGGGAAAGACUGGGGAAUACCUUUAUUUAUUUAGACUGCGCAUUUUUGAAUCGAUUUAUUUGUAAACAGUUUCUACACAGGCUACAAUAUGGAUAAGCGCCUAGUGGCUGCUCUUGCUGUGUUCACGGACUUGGUGCUGGUCUGUGUGCUGGACCUGGCAGGCACACACCUGAGAGGUGAAGUGAGGAGCUGGGCCGGUGGAGCUGAGCUGCUCUGGCAGUGGACUGAAGCUGUGCUGCGAUGCUCAUUGCUCUUCUCUCUGCUCCACAGCAGUGAUGUGACAGUGAUGAAGAUGAAGAUGAUGAAGCGAUGGAUUCUGGCCCACUGCUUUAUCUGUCCUGUGUAUGAGACAGGUCGCUUAACUCUGUUUGGGAACUGGCCGCUGGAGAAGUUCUCUCUGUGGCUGCUCGGCAGUGUGGCAGCCGCUCUGGGAUGCCUGUUUUGGGAGACGCUCUUACCAGAGUCUAACGGGGAAAGCAGCAGCAAAGAGAAGAAGCAGAAAGCUCGAGUGCUCUUCAAGAGAGUCAUCAUCCUCUACAAACCUGACUACCUUUAUUUAAUCGGGGCAUCUGGCUUUCUAGCCCUAGCUGUCCUCUGUGAGAUGUUUAUUCCACUGUACACAGGAAAGCUGAUCGAUAUCCUGCAGACUAAAUACAGCUGGGAUCAAUUUCUUUCCACGAUAAUAUUAAUGACGUUUUUCUCUUUUGGAAGUUCUUUCAGUGCAGGAUGCCGAGGAGGUCUCUUCCUGUGUGCCAUUGGCAGCUUUAUUUGUAGAGUGAAGCAUAAAUUCUUUAGCUGCUUACUUAAACAGGAUAUUGGUUUCUUUGAGACUACAAAGACAGGUGACAUCACAAGCAGACUGUCCACAGACACCAAUCUCAUGGCCCGAGCUGUAGCUUUAAAUGUGAACGUCCUUCUGCGCACCCUUAUUAAGACCCUGGGGAUGCUGUACCUGAUGUGUAGUCUCUCCUGGAAGCUUACUGUAUUGACACUUUUGGAGACACCUUUGACUGGACUACUACAGAACAUCUAUGACACACACUAUCAGAGACUUUCAAAGAAGGUGCAGGACUCCAUAGCAAGGGCAAAUGAUGCUGCAGCAGAGGCUGUGUCAGGAAUCAGGACGGUAAAGAGCUUUAACGCAAAGCAGAGAGAGAAGUGUCGCUAUGAUGAGCGCCUGAUGGACACGCAUAAUAUAAAGACUCGGCGGGACUCAAUCAGAGGACUGUACCUGCUAGUGAGAAGGCUUACAGAGUUGGGCGUGAAGGUGGCUGUGUUAUAUUACGGUCACCUGUUUAUAACAUAUGGACAUAUGACUACAGGACAUAUGGUCUCAUUCAUCCUUUACCAUUCAGAUCUCGGGGACAGCAUUAGGACGUUAAUUUACAUAUUUGGAGACAUGCUGAACUCUGUGGGUGCUGCUGGAAAGGUGUUUGAGUACCUCGAUCGCAAGCCUGAAGUGAGCAGUGAUGGAACGCUGAAGCCAGAGGACCUGAAGGGACACAUCAGCUUCCAGAACGUCACCUUCUCUUAUCCAACACGUCUUGACCGCAGUGUGCUAAAGAACUUCAGUUUGGAGCUGAAACCCGGUAAAAUGACUGCCCUGGUGGGGAUUUCCGGUGGUGGAAAAACCACUUGUGUCAGUCUGCUGCAGAGGUUUUACCAGCCUCAGCAUGGACAGAUCCUCCUUGACGGACAGCCUCUGCAGAACUACCAGCACGAAUACCUUCACAGCAAGCUUGUUGCAGUGGGCCAGGAACCUGUACUCUUCUCCGGUACCGUACGGGACAAUAUUGCUUAUGGACUCCCGGGGUGUUCACUCAAGAGGAUAGAGGAGGCAGCACGCAAAGCCAACGCACAUGAAUUCAUCUGCCAGUUACAGAAAGGUUAUGACACAGACGUAGGUGAACAAGGAAGUCUUCUCGGCAGCAGUCAGAAGCAGCGCAUUGCCAUUGCCAGAGCUCUAAUCAGACAGCCACAAGUUAUAUUACUGGAUGAGAUCACAAGCUUUCUGGACACUGAGAGUGAACAAGUGGUCCAACAAGCCCUGGCUAACUGUCCCAACCAGACCAUACUGGUGAUUGCACACAGGCUGAAGACGAUUGAGAGGGCAGAUCAGAUUGUUGUGAUUGACCAGGGAGAGAUUAAGGAGCAAGGCACUCACCAGGAACUCAUGAAGAAAGAAGGAUAUUACUACAAACUGAAAGAAAAACUAUUUGAUGAAAAUAAUAGUCAAAGUUAAUGGGAUCAAGAAGACCUCCGAGAUGAAUCAUCAAGUAUACAGUACAACCAUAAGAUUUCGGCAUGCUGCAUAGUUGAAGAUGUUUUCUGAGUGACACUUUCAUUUUAGUUGUCUGAUUUACUGUACAAGAAUGAGGGGAAAAUAUCUUGACUGUGAAUGGAAUUUAUUUAUCUGAAUGGGUAAAAUUUGAUUUUAGAAACGGGCUGUCAUUGUAAAAUCACAUCAUGUGCCUUAUAGAGUUUUUUUGGCGAUAUGAACAUUAUGUUCUGUUGUAUUUGUUUUAUGUUCAUUUGUAGAAGGUUCAGUCCUUUCAAAAAUGACCGUUACAGUUGCAUCUUAUCUGAACAAUCUCUUCUUCCGCUCAAACUUCCUCAGUGAAUUCACAUUUUUAUGAAUUUACAUUUACUUUUAGGCAUUUGGCAGAUGCUCUAAUACAGAGCAGUUUAUGUAUUUGGAUAGAUUGUUACGCUGGUUACUAGGUUAAUAACUAAGUAUCAUCAGUCAGAUCAGUAUUUUAUCUAUUUGCAACACUCUUUCAUAGGAUAUAAUUUUGUUGAAGUUUUUUUGGUCAGAAAUACAGAAUUUUUCAAUUAAAGGUCAAACUAUACGGAAUAUGUAUAUUUUUGUUAAACCAUCUGAAGACAAACCCAAACUUGCCUUUACUUAGUUGCAUUUGAGUUGUGUGGAUAUAUAUAAUGAAUAUAUAUCCAUUGACCUCAACCCAAUAGAACACCUUGUGGAUGAAUUAGAGUGGAGAACGCGGGCCAGGCCUUUUCAUCCAACAUCAGUGUCUGACCUGACUCAUCCUUUGCAGCUGUAAAAAAGAAAUAAUAAAAUUCCCAUAAACACACUCCUUAACCUUGUGGAAAGCCUUCCCAGAAAAGUUUAAUCUGUUAUAGCUGGAAAGGGUGGGCCAACAUCAUAUUAAACCCUAUGGAUUAAGAAUUGGAUGUUACUGAAGUUGUCAUGUAUACAAAGAAUGCUAAUGAUUUUAGUAAGUAUGUAAACUUACAUAACAAUAAAUUGUUAUAAAACACCAAA